AUGUAUUUACCCAGACCUUUGUAGCAUUAUUAUCCAACUCAAUACCCAACAUUACCAGAAAUUCCUUAAAGGGAACAACCUAAGUUGAUUUAUGACUCAAGAUAUGAAGUAGAAGAUAAGUAUUACAGAAACUAGAUCUAAAACUAAGAGGAUUUCGCUUAAUCUCAAUAAGAAUAUUAAAAAAUGGAGAAAACUUAUAAAAAAUACAAUGGAUAUUAAUAAAAUCCUGCUUCUUUGAAUUAAACAUACAGCAAUAAACAAAGUAGCAAUUAGCAAUAAUAACCUCCUAUCUCAGAAAGAUAUAAUCAAAUAACAGAUUCAGAUAUUAGGUUCGUCUCAUAUAUAUUUUAAGAGGAAAUACAAUUUAGAAAAGAAUUUGUACAGAUCAAUAAAAAAUUAAAAUAACACAACCCAAACUUAUUGUCAUUAUUUUAUAUAUUUACAUCUGAUAAUCAUUAUAAAAUUGAAAAGUUUAAAUUUUUGGAAGUGUUGUAAUCCUACCAGGAUGAUGUAAAGGUUUGUGAUUUGGAAUUAUUGUUCAAUUAUUUAAAUAAUUGGAAGCGCUCAUAAUCUAUUACUUAUGGCCAAUUUUUACAACUAAUCGUGCCUUAUGUUAAGUACGAAUAAAUGCCUGAUCCAGCAGACCUAAAGUAUCAAUAGGAUUAGCCUACACAAGAAUAAAUGGAAAUAUUUUGUAGGUUAAUUAAAAUGAAAUUGUAAAUGAUGUCCACCCUUGAGUACUACAGACAAAAGAUUGAUAAAUCUCUAAUUAAUUUAGUACAAAUUUUUGAAUUCAUAGACUAAGACAAGGAUGGAUUGAUCAAAGCAUUUGAAAUCACUAAACUGUUAUUUUGGUUAUUUGGUUACAGUUGA